GCCAGGGGUGAGGGCGGGGCGCAUGCGCCCCCCCAACCGUCACUCUGCGCACCCCGCCCCCUGACGUCACCCGUGCGACGCGCUCCUCUGCCGGAAACCGCCGCCUGGGGCUCGCGGGGCCGGUGGCGCGUGCGGCGUUUCGCUCCGGCCGGGAACGUGGUGAAUGAUGGAGAAUUAUAAGAAAUCCAAGAUUGUGGAGAAGCCCUCUCCCCUUCCAUUCACCAACCUGCCUUCAGAUAUUAUCGAGAUGAAAGUGAAGGAUGGCAGCAAAAUCAGAAAUCUUAUGGGUUAUGCCAUCGGCAAGAUGGAGUCAGACUCAGUUAGGCAGAUUCUUUUCACUGGCUCUGGCAAAGCCAUCAGCAAGACUAUCACUUGUGUGGAAAUCAUGAAGCGACGGCUCAAGGGACUCCACCAAAUCACCAAAGUGCUCUUCAAACAGACCGAAGAGAUCUGGGAGCCCAUUGUCCCUGAGGCUGGUCUAGAUGCCUUGACAGUGAAGAGAAAUAUUCCUGCCAUAUGUGUCUUGCUGAGCAAAGAGGCGCUAGAUUCCCAAGAGCCUGGGUAUCAGGCCCCAGGCUCUUUUGAUGCCUUCUGGAUCGAGACACUUAAAGCAGAGUCCCAGGGACAAAUUAAGAGAAAGCAGGGUGGAGGAAGGGGGGCUGGCCACACAGGAAAGCAUCCUAGAUCCGUUGGAGGACGUGGAGAAUCCUACAAAAAGCCUUGAGGAAAAAGAUAAAUCAGAAGCAAUUGUUAAUGGCGUCAAGAACAAAAAACCGAGCCACCUAAUGUGGCUCAAGUGCUACCACCAAACACAGAGUGACUGAGCUCCUUGGUAGAGAAGAGCUGAAACCUAGAACAAUUGGGAGAGGGAUGAGAGGCAUGAGAAAACAGAUAUGGGCAUAGCCAUGGCAAAUAAAUUCUCAUAACGAGUCUGGCAUUCUAUUUUGACAAGGUUUUUUGUUAGGUAUAUCUCAAUAUAUUAUCUCAUAGAGCUGGAAGGGACCUCGAAAGGUCAUCGAGUCCAGCCCCCCACCUUCACUAGCAGGACCAAGCACUGAUUUUUGCCCCAGAUCCCUAAGUGGCCCCCUCAAGGAUUGAACUCACAACCCUGGGUUUAGCAGGCCAAUGCUCAAACCACUGAGCUAUCCCUCCUUGUUGAAGACCUCCUUGGCGAUACUUCGCUGCUUAUGGUUUAAAAAUGAGGCAAGGUAGACCAGACUUGCCCAAACUCUGUUUAAUGGUAAUUUGCCAGGAGUCAUGAGGCCAAAACUAAUCUGCAUUAAAUGGAGUAGGUUUCAGUUGCCCUGGAUGCUGCUUUGAAGAUGAAACGUGCUAUGCCGCAGACUGCGUGAGCCAUGCGUCUGUAUUAGAGAUGAAAGGGUAGUGGGCUAUGUUGUAGAACUCUGAGCUUGAGGUUGCAUUUUUGGCUUUCCCAACUAGUAUUACAAUGGCAUUUUGUUGGACUGGACCUCCUAACAGAGCUUUUGGGCUCAGUUUCCCUUUUUUGGGUAUGUUCUGCUAAUCCCUUGAGAGAGACUGGUGAUCUGAAUAAGGAGCUGGAAUCUCAGCUCUGACAGUUACUGCUUGUGUGCCCUUCGGGGAGUCACAUCCCCUCUAUUCCUCAUUUUCCUUGUCUGGAGAAUGGGGGAUGUUGUAUGUAUGUCACAGGGGUUUUGCUAGGAUAGUAAUUGGUGUAAGUCAUCUUGACAUACAGCUCUGUAGAAGUGUUCAGUACAAUUGUUAAUAGUGAACACCAAAGCAAAAACUAUUUUAAACCCUGCUUUAUGAAUCAUAAAGGAAUGGUAAAGGGAAAAAUAAAGUUCCCUCUUGUGUUUUA